AUGCAGUGUCUGCAUGAGAGUGCGGGAGUUCGGUACAUAGACGCGUUGCGCAAGUACAAGAACAUGCACAUCCAAUCGGCCACCAGCGCGGAGAGGGACUGUUUUGAUAACAUCAUGACAGCCAUCUAUGGUGCCAUGGUCGACACAGCCGACAGGCUUCGCAACGAUUACCGUGAGCAACAACUCAGCCGAGAAGAUUACAAUUGGGUGCGGUCACUGAUAGCCGAGUCCCUGGUGGGAUUAAGGGAAGGUGAUCCCAAGGCGGCAGUUCUCUUAAAGGUGUGUAUUGGCAGACUAACCGUGUCUUACAUUCAGGGCAAUUACACGCGAAUCCGUGUUAAUAGCAAAGAAUGGCACAAUACUGUACAAUAUAACUGA